CUGGCAGAUUUAUCUCACUAACUGAAUCUGAUCGUAAAUUGUUAAACCCGGAGUUUAAAUGGCGUUUAAAUCACCUUUAAGGCACCUAUAUUGAACUUAAUUAAGUACACCAAUUUAAUACUGGAAGAUAUUGGGAAUCAUGGAACAUCUAAUGGCGCCGACGAUCCGGCACCGAUCGAACACUAUUUCAACCGUUUUGGAUGUAAUUCGUGAAUUUCCCGAAAUGGACAAUCAAGAAAUUCACCAUGGUACCACGACAUACGCGCCAAGUAUAGAGAUAAGCGAAGACAGCCUUACACUAGACAAAUGGUCUCGACCAAUACACACAUCCACAUGCAGAAGAUCUAGUAGUCCGGAGGGCAAAGAUUCCCUGAAGAUCAUUAAACAGCGUAGAGAUAGCUAUUUAAGGAGCAUGUUUACCCAAGGAAGUUCUACAGUAAAAAAGGCUGAUAAUAAUAAUACAAGGGGAGGUGAGGCAAAACGCACAAAGAGUAGGAGUGGUUCAACGCCUACUAAUGAAGUUCAAAUAGAUCUUAACACGUUGGACGAUACAAACAGAACAAUUACUCAAAACGAAGAGAUCUUGAAUAUGAAGAACAGUCUAACGAUGGGUGUCGACAAGAGAGUAACAUUUUACAGAGAAGCCUUAUUACACGACGCGAUACAACGCGAUGACCUAACCGAGCUUUGCGAUGUACUCAACAAGCAUACAGAUGUUAACCUGGAUAAACCGAAUGCAUUUGGAAUAACUCCCUUGCAUCGUGCAGCUAUGGACGGUGCGUAUCGUUGUAUGAACCUUCUUCUAGCGCGAAACGUAAACGUCAAAGUACGUGAUAUUUACGGCUGGACACCGUUACACGAUGCGGUUUUUCAUGGACAUAUCCGCUGUGCUGCUGCACUUAUCACCGCAGGCUCUAAUGUUGAAGCUGAGACUAACGAUUUCACAAAACCCAUAGAAAUGGCCCAUGAGGAUGAAAUGUUACUUCUAGUUGGUCGUGCUAUGACCAGUCCUGGUUAUGUAUACGACCCCGACAGAGAGACAUUAGUUUGACAACCAGAAAGAGCUCCAUAAUUGAUAUAAAAUGUAUGUAAAAACCUGUUAGUGUACUUGUUGGAUUCAUAAAUUAUCAUGUACAUUAGUUCAAGACAUUUAUAGAAGAGCGAUAUGGAUAGGGAAUAACAGAAAAUUAAACAUUAGAAAACAAUAGGAUUAGAUUGCACCAACUUAAGAAUUUAACAGAACCAUUCUACAACGAUUCAGUUUUUUCUAUAUCCUCUAUAUACACCUACUUGCGAAAACGUUGUCAUAAAAAAAUAGGACAUUUGUAUUUUAGUAAAAAGGAAUAAA